AUGCAAGUUAGUAGCAUAAAUAGUGAUAUGGCAUUAAAAUCACCUAUAUUUAAUCCAAUACAAAAUUUACAACCAUUUCACAAAAGAUAUACAAUGAUUCUCCAUAAAUAUCAACUAGGAAUUGUUACUCUACUUGCACUUUUUCAGUUGUUUUUUACUGAUAAUCAAUUACAAAAAAUGAUUGAAAAUACUAAUAUAUACAAAAUAGUAAAAGUAGAAUAUAUUCCAGGCCUUAAUAAUACUGGAUACAUGGUUGCAUAUUUGUUACAUGAAAAUAAUAUUGAUACUUGUGGUACAGUUUAUACAAAUUUGGCUGAAUUUUCUAAAGAAUUAAAAGUUAGUAAAACUUUAGAUUGGAUAUUUUAG